GCUGGAGCGACUGCUCUGUCACCUCGCUUCAACACUUCCCGGUUGUCUCUGCUCCGUGGCUGCCAGGAUGGUCGUGCUGAGAGGAGUGCCCUCCGUGUUAUCACCUGAGCUGCUGUAUGCGCUCGCUAAAAUGGGCCACGGGGACGAGCUGGUUCUUGCUGAUGCAAACUUCCCAGCAUCUUCCAUCUGCGCUUGUGGCCCAAAGGAGAUAAGAGCUGAUGGUUUGGGAAUCCCAAAGCUUUUGGAGGCCAUUUUGAAGCUGUUGCCACUGGACACCUAUGUCCCCUCUCCGGCUGCAGUCAUGGACCUGGUAGACAGUGACAAACAGAGAGGUUUAGCUGUACCUGUGUGGCACACCUACACACAGCUCCUGAGUCAUGCUGGGUCUCAGGCUCCUCUUGAGAAGGUGGAAAGGUUUGUCUUCUAUGAACGAGCCAAGAAAGCCUAUGCUGUUGUAGCAACAGGGGAAACAGCUCUUUAUGGUAACUUGAUACUGAAGAAGGGGGUCAUUCCUGCGGAGCUGCUAGACUGAUGCACACGCAUUUUAAAGUAAUGAUGGUCUAAUGACAUUUAAGUCACAACUGUAAUCCUUUCAAGUGAAAAUCAAGAGCGGGUGAAUAUUUUUGCACAAAACUAAUUUUCAGUUUUGUUAAGAUUCCAGCAGAAGCUGUGAAUUCAAGACAGCAUUUAUUCUUGUUAAUGUUUAACUAUUACUUUAAAUAUGAUCUGAUUAAUUUCCAGUUUACAAGGAGAAGAAAUGAUUUUAUAUUUGUACUCAUGAAUUUUGUACUUUCCCGUGUUGUACAUGCAUUUCAAUAAAUGAAACACGGAAAGUCUU